UGUGUUCUUCCUUUCUCUUUCUCUCAGCCUCUCCCUCUCUCACAGCUUCUUUCUGCCGUCUACCACAGUGCCAACUCCUCUUCUGUUCACUCACCCCCCUAGGCGAAGAUGUCGGCCCAGGACAACUGCCUCAGUCUCAUCAAGUACCUCCUCUUCGUUUUCAACCUCUUCUUUUUCGUCCUAGGCAGCCUGAUUUUCUGCUUUGGUAUCUGGAUACUCGUGGACAAGACCAGCUUUGUGUCCUUUGUGGGCUUGUCCUUCAUGCCCCUGCAGAUCUGGUCCAAGGCCUUGGCCAUCUCAGGAAUCCUCACCAUGGGCCUUGCCCUCCUGGGCUGUGUGGGGGCCCUGAAGGAGCUCCGCUGCCUCCUGGGCCUGUAUUUCGGGAUACUGCUGCUCCUGUUUGUCACGCAGAUCACCCUGGGGAUCCUCAUCUCCACUCAGCGGAUCCGGCUGGUGCGGAAGGUGAAGGAUAUUGUGCAGGAGACGAUCCACAACUACCACGCCAACCCGGAGGAGACCGCGGCGGAAGAGAGUUGGGACUACGUGCAGUUCCAGCUGCGCUGCUGCGGCUGGAACUCUCCUCAGGACUGGCUUGGUGUCUCCAGCCUGAGGAGCAACGUGUCGGAGGGGUACCGCUUGCCCUGCUCCUGCUAUAAUUCAUCCGCGACCAACGACUCCGCAAUCUUCUUUAAGAUCCCCCGACCCCAGUCCAGCCGAGUCCCACCACAGGCGCGGCCCGAACACAGUACAGACCUUUGCGUGGUCCCUGCAAACAGCUACACCUAUCGAGAGGGCUGCGCGCAGAGCCUCCAGAAGUGGUUGCACAACAACCUUAUUUCCAUAGUGGGCAUUUGUCUGGGCGUCGGUCUACUCGAGGUGAGUGUGGCGGGGCUGAGCCUACUACUGCCACGUAGAGCGCUCCUCCGGGAACCCCAGCCGCGGGUGCCGGGCGCCGACGGUUGGAGCCCCAGGCCCAGCCUGAGCGCUGAUGGCAGCAGCGGGCGCGGCGGUGUGCUGAGCAGCAUCGGGCGUAGCGUCAGUCUGUGGGGUGGCUGGGGCAUGGCGGAUGCCUGUCCCAACUGGGGGGACAAGGACCCGCAGGGCAAGUUGCCCAUGGCCCUGGGGACCUGGCCACUUUGGGAUCAAGAUGAGGAACAGCUUGAGACCGGGAUUUCGGGCACAGAGGUGGAGGCUGAGGUGGAAUUAGAGACGGAGGCAGAGGGGAAAACAGAUGAGCCUCCGGAAUAAAAGACUUUGGGCUUUCUCCGGAGCUCACUCCUUCCCAGACUCUAGACCUGCGUUAGACGCAGCUGGAUUCCCCCUACCCCCACCCUUCUGGGCCCACCCACAUCUUUGGUGGCCUACCCCAUGACCUCCAUUCCUUUUACCCUUAACUCCACCAUGAUUCUCCACCUUUCUUAUCUUUCCGCAAACUCUAGUCCUGGACCCCACUUUCACAACCAGGCCCAGUUCUCCCUCUAGCCCUGACCCACCCAAUUCUUGACACCUGUUUCUUCCCCUGGCCCCACCCCUACUUUUCUCCCUCAGGACCCCCACCGCCCCACCUCCCCU